CCAUUGGCAUGUGGCGCAUGUACCUUGUUGGUAGGGGUACAUGGGCCGGACCCGCAACCACGGCAUUCCUGCGCGUCCCUGUCCGCGCACAGCGACUUGAGAAUGUCUGAAGCACAUGCUAAUCUGAUCUGGCCUGGCUACUAACGUAGCUAGGCAGUCGAGUCUCGCGUCCUAAGGGGUUCAGGCAAGCUACCUUACUUAGCCCACCUCUCCUUCUUCUGGUAGAUAAAUACUUUCGUUUCAGUCCAUGCCCGUCUGUGGCGUCAACCUCGUCACCAUCGUCCGCAUCCAUUGCAUAACAGCUCUCCUCCGUGCCAGCCGUCUCUUUCCCUCCGACUUGCCCUCCUUCAGUAAGUCUCUUUUCUCUCCCUCCCUUUUAGCUUUGCCUUACCUCGCCCUCCCUCCCGAUACAUCUCCUCCCCCUUCUCCCUCCCACUCAGUUACUACCUGCCCGCCCCCUCAAGAAACUUUCUUCUCGUCCUUGCGUCUUUCCAACUUUCCCGUCAGAAAUACCUACCUCCUUUGCUUUCUCAAACCUCACCUCUCCCUCCAACCACUCACUCAUACACCAACCAGACCUGCCUCGACAUCGACCUUUCCUGACAAGAUCCCACUCCUACAGCUCAGCUCAGCUCCACUGCUUGCUCUGCAUCUCUCACAGGCCUUGCUCUCGAGCCUCCAACCGAAGCUCAAGCACCCACGAGCAGCACUUGCCAGUAAAUCCCAUUCGACUUGACUUCGCCGGGCUACGCGCUUCGACGAAUCAAUAGCACCAACCUUCUCAAUCAAACACCCACCUCUUUCUAAAUGCCCAAAAUGGCCCAAGUCAACGGCG